AAGACUCAUUCAAAUUCAUUUUCAUUUCGUUAGUCAAAGCGUAAAGAUGUCUGCUAGUUUGGCAGCACAAUGUUCUACACCCAGCACGGGUCUUAUAAACUCACUGGUUACUUUACUGGUACAAAGUAUAUUUGCGGCUCAGUGUAAUAUUACCCAGCCAGACUAUUGGCCACCCGACUAUGCAGAGACAGCCUUGAAAGAGGGUUUGGAAACUUAUGAUUUUGUGGUGGUGGGUGCCGGAUCUGCUGGCUCCAUAGUGGCUAGUCGUUUGAGUGAGAAUCCCCAGUGGAAAGUAUUGGUUUUGGAAGCUGGUGGUGAUCCACCACAAGAAUCUGAGGUUCCCAACUUAUUUCUGGGCAUGCAACAUUCAGAAUAUGCUUAUCCCUACUUUGUGCAACCCAAUGGACGUUCUUGCAAGGCUUAUAAGGAUGAGAAAUGUUAUUGGCCCCGUGGUAAAAUGAUAGGAGGUUCUGGUUCACUAAAUGCCAUGUUGUACGUAAGAGGCAAUCGUUUCGAUUAUGACCGCUGGCAAGAGGAGGGUAAUACCGGUUGGGGUUACGAUGAAGUCUGGCCUUAUUUCGAGAAAUCUGUUAGACCCGUAGGCAAUGAAACUGAUCCUCAAGGUUAUGUAACCAUUAAUGAAUUUAACCACUUUGAUGAGGAUAUAUUGGAAAUGCUACUACAAGGCUCCAGUGAGUUGGGUGUACCCAAGGUGGAAGAAUUUGCUGAGGGUAGUUAUAUAGGUUAUUCACAUCUCAAGGGCACAUUGAAGAAUGGUCAUAGAGCCAGUACUGGUAAAGGACAUUUGGCUAAAGUUUCCCACAGACCUAACUUGAAAGUCAUCAAAAAUGCUCAAGUCACAAAAUUGGAAUUUGAUGCUACUGGACAAAAAGUUGAAUCAUUGAAAUUUAUAUUGAAAGAUAAAACUCUUCAAGUCAAGGUAAAACGUGAGGCCAUAUUAUCUGCUGGAACCAUAGACUCUGCUAAGCUAUUAAUGUUAUCUGGAGUAGGACCUGAACCAGUACUAAAACCUUUAAACAUACCAGUUCUACACAAUUUACCCAUUGGACAAAAUUUGCAAGAUCAUUUAAUGGUUCAGGUAUUUAUGCGUCUAACGGGAGAACCCAUUAAUCAGAAAACGGUUUUAGAUAAUAUUUAUCAAUUUUUAAUACACAACCAAGGACCUUUAACCUCACAUGGCACUGCCUCCCUAACCGGUUUCAUAAAUACCCAACCAGCUAAAAAUUCACUGUAUCCUGAUAUAGAAUUCCAUCACUUGAUAUUUAGAAGAGGUGAUGCCAUGGCCUUAGAACUAUUUCUAAAUGGUUUGUCGGUAAAAGAAGAAUACAAGUCCUAUCUUAGAGAGACCAUACAAGAUAAUGAGCUCUUGAUAUUCUUUACCAAUUUGGCUCAUCCUAAAUCCACAGGAGAUAUUAAACUGAAAUCCUCUAACCCUGAAGAAUUACCCAUAAUUAAUGCUGACUAUAUGUCGGCACCAGAAGAUGUGGAGGUGGUAUUACGUGCCAUCAAAUAUUUAGAGAAUCUCGCACAAACUCAAGCCUUCCAACAAAAACAAGCUGAAAUUUUACACAUACCCAUAGAGGAGUGUGAUCAAUAUAGCUUUAAGUCAGAAGAAUAUUGGAGAUGUUAUUUGACCUAUUUUUCAGCCACCUGUUAUCAUCAUGUGGGUACGGUAAAAAUGGGUCCCGAAAACGAUAGCUCAGCAUGUGUAGAUCCACGACUUAAGCUCAGGGGUGUGGAAAAUUUACGUGUGGUAGAUGCCUCCAUUAUGCCUUAUGUUACCAGUGGUAAUACAAAUGCACCCACAGUUAUGAUUGCCGAAAAAGCUAUUGACUUAAUCCGUGAAGAUUGGUCAUCUACGGAAGAUGUGGCUGAUAACAACAAUCAUCAUGAAUUGUAGUAGUUUUAAAUAUUUAAACAAUUUUUAUUAUUUUAUUAAUAGUUUUUAAUUUGUUUAUUUGUUUGUCUUAUCAAAAUGAUAUUAAGUUAAGAAACAUUUUUAAGUUAAAAUUGAGUGGCAGCCUUAUCUGCAAGAUUCGCAGAAAAGUAAAAAUAAAAGUAAAUAUUGUUUUCAA